AUGUCUAUGAGACAGAAUCAGUACAGCAAUGAAGGCAAAAUUGGAUCUAUUGUUGGAGAAAACAGGCUUCAAUCAUUUUUAGAUAAACAUUCUGAAAGAAAUAUGCAAGGCCAACUAGGAUCUAAUAAAUCUGAGAUUGUUGACAAACAAGUUGAAAACAGUCCAUCACAAAUUCAUGCUGAACAAAACAAACCUCAAAUAAGCCAUACUGGACAUCAGUCUCAGAUCAAUAGCCAAAUUCAUCAGUCCAACCAACAAGUAAACCAAUUACAACAGAAUCAAAGUAUGAGCCCAGUAGCACAGCAACAGCAUAUUGCUCAACAUUUAUCUCAAAUGCAGCAACAGAAUCAAAUAGAAAAAAAUCAACAGUUACAUAUGGCACAAAAUGUUCAACAGCAAAUGCAGAUUCAGCAACAGCAAACUCAGCAGAUGCCAAUCCAGCAACAGCAACAGCAAACUCAGCAGAUACAAAUCCAGCAACAUCAAAAUCAGCAGAUGCAGAUCCAGCAACAGCAACAACUACAUAGACAACAAGAAAUACAAUAUAUGCAAAUGAAAAAGUUUCAGCACUUACAAAGACAACAAAUUCAUUCUAGACCGAAUUCUAGAAGCCCUUUAUUACAACAAAAUAAACAGAAUAUUGAAAAUGCUUUCCAAAUGAAAUCUGAGGCUGGAUUUUACCAACAUGAAGAUUCAUGGAGAAAUUAUGAUGAAUAUCCUGAUGAAAUGAAUGCGCAAUUUUAUGGCAAAGAUUAUGCUUUUGAACAGCAAGUAAUGAAUCAGCAGAAAUGUAGAGAUCAUGCUUUUGGAGUUCAGAAUGACUUGGAAUCAGAGAACCUGAAUGCUCCAAAAGCUCCUUCUCAACAAAAUAAUACUCCUGGAAAAACUUCAGCAGGAACCAUUAGUGGAAUGUUAGCAGAUUUCAGCAGAGCAUUAGGUUUAAGUAAUGUUUCAGAUGAGAAAAGUCAAGAAGAUUCUAAUUCACUAAAUAUUGAAAACAAAGAUUUAUCACAAAACCAGGCUUCUAAACCCAUGAAUCAACAGCAAAUUCAUGCUCAGAUUAGAUCGAAUGAACAAUUUAUCCAUGGUAAUCAGAAUCAAAAUACACUGGACUUCCAAGGACAACAGCAUGCGCAAAUAUCAAUGGAAAGCAAACAUAUUAUGAGAAAUGAUGAUGCAAAAAUGCAAACUUCUAGACCAAAUCCAUUUCAAAAUACACAGCAAUAUCAAUUACAGCAACAACAGUUGCAAUUGGAUUACAGCCAACUUCAACAUCCUUCCCAACAAGUACAAGUUUUUGCACAACCAAAUUUAAUGCAACAGAAGCAUGGCUUAGUAAAAGAUGAGUUUUUGAACUCCAUUGAUAGGGAUCAAAAAGCAGUAUAUCUGCAACAACAGAUUUUUCAGAAAUUGCCUGAACAGCAACCAAUGUUUGCCCAAAACCUUACACCUCAACAACAGCAAAUGUAUCAGCAACAUAUGCAACUUCAGCAUCAUGCACAGCACUUAAAGAAAAUUAAGCGUUCAUUGCCUCAUUCCUCUAAUGAACAACAAAGACAGCAGCCUCAGAAAAAAGAUGGUAGUGUCAAUAUGAUUGGGCAAAAUCAAAACAUUGGUACAGGAGUCACAAUACAGCAAAUGAUUGCAGCUCAAUUUCUCAGCCAGCAAUCUUCUUUACCAAUUCAAAUUAUGAACAGUCAACUUGUGGGGUCAGACAUGAAGUUGCCCACACAAAACAGAAUGGUUGCUGCUAAUAGUCCUGUUUUGGUUGCUUCUGGUUUAACAAAUCAACAACUCAAUAGUGGUAAAUGUUAA